AUGCACCCAUUCAUGGUGACAUCAUGGUCACGUCAGGAGAGGCAACAGGUCCUUGACCUCAUAAUCCAACCUAAUGGAACGCUUUCUGCAGAUCUCGUUCGUCUUGAGAAAAGGGCUGGUACAGGUUACAUGUCCUUGCCUGCGUUCUUUACUGGACCUCAUGGCAUCAACCAACCAGUGGGUUGUUUUCAAGAUAUUUUGCUGGUGGCGAGCGGAGCAGGAAUUGCAGCUAUUGUCCCGUAUGCAAAAGAAAUAAUUCACGCUUACGAUACCCGCACAUCUAAUGUCCGCCAUGUAAAGUUAAUAUGGACUGCAAAGUCGUUGGAAUUUGUCAAAUCGGGUAGCGAAUUACUAAAUCAGCUUUUAGAAGACGGUGUGUCGGGUAAUGGCUAUGUUCUUAAUAUUUCCAUUCACAUUGCAGAGGCUGAUGUUUUGGAAACACAUUUCGGUAAAAAUAGACGGGCAGCCCUUUACCGAGGCGCUCCUGACUACAUGAGGAUUAUUGAUGAAGUAUUGAAAGGAGACAGAGGAAAGUCUGCUGGAAUGGGGGCAGGCAAUGGCCGAAUGCUAUUGAUUGCCUCCGUAACCGAUGAUUUGAGGGACGAACUUCGGGGAACCAUGCGAAUGUACCUUGGUCGGCGUGCAGAAAUGAUUGAGUUGGAAUACCAACCUUAA